CUGGCCCGGCUCUCGGUGGUGCUGGAGCAGCGGCCGCUCUGGUCGGCGGACGUGCUGCUGAGCAGUCCCGGAAGCGAAGCAGCGAUGGCGGAGAGUCCGACUGAGGAGGCGGCGACGGCAACGGCGGGCGCCGGGGCGGCAGGCCCGGGGGCUAGUGGUGUUGCCGGCGUGGUCGGCGUUAGCGGGAGCGGCGGCGGCUUCGGGCCGCCUUUCCUGCCGGAUGUGUGGGCGGCUGCGGCGGCGGCGGGCGGGGCCGGGGGACCGGGGAGCGGCCUGGCUCCACUGCCGGGGCUCCCGCCGUCGGCCGCUGCCCACGGGGCCGCGCUCCUUAGCCACUGGGACCCCACGCUCAGCUCUGACUGGGACGGCGAGCGAACCGCGCCGCAGUGUCUACUCCGGAUCAAGCGGGACAUCAUGUCCAUUUAUAAGGAGCCUCCUCCAGGAAUGUUCGUUGUUCCUGAUACUGUUGACAUGACUAAGAUUCAUGCAUUGAUCACAGGCCCAUUUGACACUCCUUACGAAGGGGGUUUCUUCCUGUUCGUCUUUCGGUGUCCGCCUGACUAUCCCAUCCACCCACCUCGGGUCAAACUGAUGACAACGGGCAAUAACACAGUGAGGUUUAACCCCAACUUCUACCGAAAUGGGAAAGUCUGCUUGAGUAUUCUAGGUACAUGGACUGGCCCUGCCUGGAGCCCAGCCCAGAGCAUCUCUUCUGUGCUUAUCUCUAUCCAGUCCCUAAUGACUGAGAACCCCUACCACAAUGAGCCCGGCUUUGAACAGGAAAGACAUCCAGGAGACAGCAAAAACUAUAAUGAAUGUAUCCGGCAUGAGACUAUAAGAGUUGCAGUCUGUGACAUGAUGGAAGGAAAGUGCCCCUGCCCUGAACCCCUACGGGGAGUGAUGGAAAAGUCCUUCCUGGAGUAUUACGACUUCUAUGAGGUGGCCUGCAAAGAUCGCCUGCACCUUCAAGGCCAGACUAUGCAGGACCCUUUUGGAGAGAAGCGAGGCCACUUUGACUACCAGUCCCUCUUGAUGCGCCUGGGACUGAUUCGGCAGAAAGUGCUGGAAAGGCUCCAUAAUGAGAACGCUGAAAUGGACUCUGACAGCAGCUCAUCUGGGACAGAGACAGACCUGCAUGGGAGCCUGAGGGUCUAGACCCUGCUCCUCUGCUCCUUCCCCCAUUCAAGAUCCCAGCAGAGCCCCUUCCCCUCGCCCCAGGGAUGGAGAGGCACUGUGCAUCUCCCUCCAAACGUGAUGGCAUCUGGCAAGAUGGCUCUUUCAAGAAGCAAGCCAGCUCGAUUCCAGGGUGUGGGAGUCGGGGCUGCUCUCAAUAUGACCUCCUUGGUGCUGGAGCACCUGGGGCUAUAUUCAGUCCUGGAUCAGAGCCAAGGUACUUGUGCUAUAGUACCUGGAGCAAUGGCCUCCUGGCAAAGCUAAACAACCAACACACCUCUCCACAGGGCCAGCUCCUUAGGGAUAGGAGAAGACAGAAACUGCAAUUCCAAGAGGGAGCAUGUCCAAGUGGUUCAUAGGGAAUUUGGGGUGGGGGGCUGUCUGUGACACACAGUCUGGGUGGUUAACCGUUUUGUCUUCAGUCUUGAAGCAGGGCUUCCCAACGCCCUUUUCCUCCCUCCCCUCUCCCAUUAUUUCCCACGGGCCAGCAUAACUUUGUUUUUCCUAAUUUAUAGUCACUGUUCUAGACAGACCAAAGAGAAGGAACAGUGGUGGAGUCUAGGCUGCUGAUCAGUAAGCUUUACCUAGCACCUGAGCACCUUUCUCCCUUGCCCCCAUUUCCUCAGCGUUUGGUAGACCAGACCGGGACAGCCCAGGUCUUGAUGAAGCCGAUGCAGGCACUAGAAGCUGUGUAUUGUGUUCCCACAAUCACUGAUUUGAAAGGUUCCCAACACAGGCAGCUGCAGCGUGUAUGGGAUUCAAGCCACUACAUAAAGUAGUCCCUUACAGAUUUUCCUGAGCACUAGUCAAUGAGGGUGUUUCUUAGGGUGGGCCCUGGGAGACUGAUGCUAGUCCUUAUUUUGUUUGGCUGUCCUUGUGUAUUUUCAUCCCAGCCCAUAUAUCCCAUCUUCCCUUCAGCCCCCAGGGAUUUGUGUGGAACACAGGCAGCCAGUGGCAGAGGGGGAUUAGGUCUCAGCUCUGAAGGCUUCUCCCCUCAUUGCCUCCUCCUCCCAGAUGCUCUUUGUCACUGGUUCUGAGGGUGUUCCUAGCUAUGUUGCUUCUCUGUAUUUAGCUACAGUGAUCCUUUAGCUGGUUGAGUCAGAAAAAUGAUUUCAAAUGCCUGAGGGAGUGGAGGUCAAAGGAAACCAUCCUUUCCAGUUUGAUGUGUUCUACUUUCCAGAGUUUGUUCUGGCUCCCAGUAGGUGGUUGGUGAUCCAUAUGAUGCAGGCCCUCCUCUAUUCAGUGUCCACCUUGAGGAAGAGUGGAUAACCUACCUGCUCUGCCCGCUGCUAUAAACAAAGGUCUCUGCUUUGUGGAUCAUAGAACUCCCAUGGAGAAAUGGAGACGGCACAAACAGGGACCUUCUUGGGAGGGCAGGAAGCAGAGGAACUGGACAGGGAGCAGUUCACUUGGGGAACAGAAGUUUAUCUUGGAUACCUAAAGGCUGGGUCUCAACAGAGAGACUUGAAAAGGGACCCUGCUUCCAAUUUCCCUCUUCCAUUCCUAGAGCUAGUCCAGGGCAGAGAAAGCCUUUGGGCUAUGGGUCCAGUGUUGUCUGUUAUCCAUUUGAGUGUUCCCAUUUUCAAGUGACAAUCUUCUCCUUGGCCCUGCCAUGGGGCAGAGCAUGUCUGGCAUAGCAGCCUGACUUUUACUCCCUAAUCUUAAAUUGAGGAAAUAUAUGCACAGGAGUCAAAGAGAUGUCUUUAUAUCUGACUGUACAUAAAUGAAGUUUUGUUUUGUUUUUUUUUUCCUUUUUGGUGCAAUAAAAUUUGUUUUGGCAGAAUGAG